UAAACGGUGCCAUAGACCCAAAAGAAGGUGCGCACGAGGCUCGGAGUGGCUUUCGGCCAGAUCGACUAUAAAAGGAGACUACAUUUUGCAAUAAAGUUAUCAGUUACUAAUUGUACUCAGUGUUGUCACAUACCCUUAGGUUAUUUAUUUAUUAAACACAAAACAGUCCAAAAUGUUCAAAUUCAUCGUUCUGCUAGCCGCCGUUGCCGUGUGCCAGGCUGCCUACUCUCUUAACCCAGCUGGACCUACGUACGCCGGUAUCCACACGCCAGCCAUCACCAGCCAACAGUCCAACAUCCUGCGUACCUACGGAAACCUCGGACAGAUCUCGUCACACUCCAAGACUAUUGAUACCCCAUAUUCGUCAGUUAGCAAGUCCGAUGUCCGCAUCAGCAACCCAGGAUUAGCUGUCGGACAUGUGGCCGCUGCUUACCCAGCUGCUUAUCCAGCUGCUUACCAUGCUCCAGCUCUGGCUGCCCAUGCCUAUGGCCACCCAGCUGUGUACGGUGCCCCAGCCGUUAAGGCUGUCACUGGUGCUGGACUUUUGGGAGUUGCCUACUCGGCUGCCCCAGCUGUCGCUGCUAUGACCUACAGCAACGGACUUGGAAUCAGUUAUGCCUAUUAAACUGAACCUUCUCAGCUUCUCUCGUGAAUCGACCAAACGGCCUAUCAACUGACAGCUGCGAAUGCCUUACAAUUGCAACAAAAUUUGGGAACAACUCUAAGUCAACACAGUCAACGAUCAAGAACAAGGGAGCAAACGCCCUAUGAGAUCUAUUUCGUUUGCCAACAGAAGCUCACACAUAAAGCACCCACACUAUCAUCAUCCAAAAAAAUACUUCAUUACAUUAAUUACGCCAGCAACAUCCGGGUAAUAAAAUGAACAAUCAUUGAGCCAAAAAAAAACAUAA